GACGAUUCGUUCAUGUUCUCCUCCGACCCGAACCAUACCAGCCCGAUCCAUAACCCGCGACGCCAUAAGACCCAUCGUGCCGCACCUUCAUCAGUCAAUCCCCACCACCUCGUCCAAUCUGAGGCUGGCAGCGACCACCGUGAGGCUGCGAAAGAAUGCGCCCGUGACGACCACACAACUACAACAGUCGACCACCUUUCGGGAGUACUGCGAAUUCCUGUGGACAGUUUCAUCGCUUUCCUUAUCACUACGGCCAUCUCACCGUGUCUUUCAGGUUUCUAGUUGGAUAUCACUUGUUCUCAAAAGCGCAAAUUAAAUUUUAGGUGAGAAAAAGAAGAGGAAGUACAGGAAGCCAACAACAGCAAAAUGGUGGUCUCCAGUAACAAUCCCCACAGUAAAGAGAUAGCCAUCAGGAGGAGGAUUACUAGCAUAUUUAAUAAACGUGAAGAUGAUUUCCCAUCUUUGAGAGAGUACAAUGACUACUUGGAGGAAGUAGAGGACAUGACAUUCAACUUGAUUGAAGGAAUAGACGUUGCUGCUAUUGAAGCAAAAAUUUCCAAAUACCAGGAAGAAAAUGCUGAACAAAUAAUGAUAAAUCGAGCCCGGAAGGCAGAAGAAUUAGCUGCAGCUCUGGCAGCUUGCAAGGGACAGCCUGCACAAACUGAUAAUGAUGGGGGCGAAAACCAAACCUCUCAAGCAGCAUUUGGUGUUCCACAGGGGCAAUAUGCGCCCACAUUUGCUGGACAGCCAAGACCGACUGGCAUGGGUCCACAACCCGUGCCACUUGGAGGUGGUGACAUGUUGGGCUAUGCGGGUGAUGAUGAAGAAACCAUGAGACUGCGAGCUGAGAGAGGUGCCAGGGCUGGAGGAUGGAGUGUGGAAAUUAGUAGGAAGAGAGCGCUUGAAGAAGCCUUUGGAAGCAUAUGGAUUUGUUGACAGAUUUCUGUCUUGGUGCCAUGUAAAUGACAUCUGAAUCAUUUCUAUGAUCCAAGAGCAUGCAAAUUUCAGCCUCGAAUGGAUAUUCUGUUGUAAAUUGGGUAGUUUGUAAGAUUACUGCAAUUUUGUUUUUUUGUUUUUUGUUUUUUUUCAGGCUUUGAUAUCUGGCCGUGGCGACAGAAAGAUUCUUAGGUUCAUUAUUUUACAAUAAGUAGACCAAAUCAGUUAUAGAAAUUUCUAUGGAAACAAUUGAGGCUGAAGCUCUUGUGACUCAGUGAAACUACGCUCACCCUGUGUGGUCCUGCCAGCAAGCAGUUUCGCUUGCCUGCUUGAAAAUUUUGUGCAAUUGAUUUUAUUUAUCAA